ACAAAACACUACACCCUUCGGGAUUUUUUUUCUCCUGUUCAAAAACAGCGUUUCACAUCUGUGUCUGACAGAAGCAUUAGAAGCAGAGAGGAGCAGACCCUUCAUCAUCCCUUACAAAUAUGAGGCUGAAGCAUGGGUGAAAAGUUAAGGCAAAACCUGAGGUCCACUGAUCAUGUAUUAUUGUUUUUCAAAGCAACAUACAAUGUGGAAGCUACUGAAUUUAUAGGAAAACAAGAACUUUUCACUGUUGGAAUCAUCUACAGAAAACAGAUGGGAUUUACUGGAUGCUAAAGCUUUUAAUCAAUUUUUAAUAAGUACUGAACACUUGAGUUAUCUGGGGUAUGUUCAUCUGCCUCUAUUGUUUGAAGAGAUAUGAAGUUCAGAGCUCCCUUUCUGGAAACUUGAAAGAACAGAAUAACCUAAAAUGCUGCAUAUAGAAUCCAAUCAAGUAUUCAGGAUGUCUGAGAAUAAAUUAGAAACAACCACUACCACAAAACAAAGCAGCAGCAACGAAUAAAGAUGCUGUGGAAAAAGAAAUCACAAGACACGGGAGAAGAAUGCACUUAAAUAGAAAAGCUUCCUACCUGGUGGGUGUCUUUCCAUAUAUUCAGACAGAGCACAGACAAAUGAGCUUCAAUCAAUGAGAUUCAAUCAAAUAUCUCCAGGUGUCUUCAAAAAAUAUUAUCAAGUACAGAAAACAUUCUGCAAUGACAUUAAUAUCCUGAUAAUAAUACACUAAGAACAAGAAUGGAAGUAAAUUCAACCAUUGUAAACAGUAGUUCUGUUAACCAUAAACAGUUAGACGGGCAUAGCCUUUGGGAAGUCAUUGCAAUUGCCAGUGUCACGGCGAUUGUAAGCCUAAUAACCGUAGUGGGAAACAUUCUUGUAAUGAUAUCAUUCAAAGUCAACAGUCAACUCAAAACUGUUAACAAUUAUUACUUGCUCAGCCUUGCUUGUGCAGACCUCAUCAUUGGAAUAUUUUCUAUGAAUCUUUACACAUCUUAUAUACUAAUAGGCCGUUGGUCUCUUGGAAGUCUGGCAUGUGAUCUGUGGCUAGCAUUGGACUAUGUAGCUAGCAAUGCCUCAGUAAUGAACUUGCUAGUUAUCAGUUUUGAUCGAUACUUUUCCAUCACAAGACCUCUAACCUAUAGGGCUAAACGCACACCCAAAAGGGCCGGCAUUAUGAUUGGUCUAGCUUGGUUAAUUUCCUUUAUUUUGUGGGCACCACCAAUCUUAUGCUGGCAGUAUUUUGUGGGGGAACGAACUGUUCCAUCUGAAGAAUGCCAGAUACAAUUUUUGUAUGAACCCAUUAUCACCUUCGGUACUGCAAUUGCUGCUUUCUACAUCCCAGUGUCAGUGAUGACUAUUUUAUAUUGCCGCAUUUAUAAAGAGACCGAGAAACGUACCAAGGACCUUGCUGAGCUUCAAGGCUCUGAGUCUGUGGCAGAGCUUGAGAUGAUAAAACCCCAGAAAGCUCUUCUGAAGUCCUGUUUUAGUUGCAAGCAACAAAAUUUAGCCAAAAGGGAGAGGUGUCAGGCUUCAUGGUCUUCAUCCAGUCGAAGCACUUCAGCCACUGCAAAAGUACCUCAAACACCAAAUACUUGUAAUGAUUGGUCUAAGGCAGACCAGCUAACCACCUGCAGCAGCUACGCAUCCUCAGAAGAAGAGGACAAACCUGCCACUGAUUCAGUUUUUCAAGUAACUUACAAGAGUCCAGCCAAAGAUAAGAAAGAAGAGUUUAAUGAGGAGGAGAAUAAGGAAGUUUUUAUCAAAGACCAGCCUAUGGAAAAUGAUUUUGAGACUCAGAAAUACUUUCUAUCUCCAGCCAAAAGCCAAGCGCAAAAAAGUCCAAAAUGUGUGGCCUAUAAAUUCCACUUGGUGGUUAAGGCUGAUGGCACCCAGGAAACCAACAAUGGUUGCCGAAAAGUAAAAAUAACUACUUGUUCUGCUGCUUUAUCAAAGGACCCUUCCAUCAAAGGCAUGGAUCCAAAUUUAAGUAACCAAAUCACUAAAAGGAAAAGAAUGGUCCUUAUAAAGGAGCGCAAAGCAGCCCAGACUUUAAGUGCCAUUCUUCUAGCUUUUAUCAUCACUUGGACUCCCUACAAUAUAAUGGUUUUGGUCUCCACAUUUUGCGCAGACUGCAUUCCUCUAACACUGUGGCAUCUUGGAUAUUGGCUGUGCUAUGUGAAUAGCACCGUUAACCCUAUCUGUUAUGCUCUCUGUAACAAAACUUUCAGAAAAACUUUUAAGAUGCUACUCUUCUGUCAAUGGAAAAAGAAAAAAGUGGAAGAGAAGUUGUACUGGCAGGGUAAUACCAAACUGCUAUAAUUGUAAUAGACAAUGAGAGGAAAACAUAAAAAGUCUGUAGUGACAUUGUCCAUGCAUCGUAAAUUGGCUGCAGUUCUUUCUUUUCAAAGUUGUUGCUUUACAUGUCUGGGGACAAAAAAUCCUGCACAGAAAAGCCAAAUUUUGCAUAAUGACAGUCUUGUGCAUGGGUUCAAGAGGAAAGCAGCAGCUGCUAUGAUUGCCUAUGGGUGUCUGUAGUCACUCAAUGGAGCUGCAUUACUGUCAACAUCCUAGGGGCCUGUGGUGUUCCCUUUCAGCCAGAGAAUAAGUAGAGUGAAUCACAGACCCCUGGAAAUUAGAGAUGGAUAGACCUGUUAGGUCAUCCAGUCCAUCUCCCUGCAGUUGCAAGACUGUUUUCUAGUGUUUUGUCUAUUCUAGUUUUAUAUAUCCCUAGCAAUGGACCUUGCACUACUUCCCUUGUGACACUAUUCCAUAGCCUGAUGAAAUGGCACAAGGGCCUUUAAAGGUGAAAACAGCAGUGCCCAAAAUAAAGCGUUGGG